AUGGCUCUCCCUCCCAAAUGGUAUCAAUUUCUGGUGUGUGUCUUUGCCUCGCUGGGGUCGGUGCUGUACGGAUAUGAUCUGGGUGUCAUCGCCGAGGCGCUCACUAGUCCCUCGCUUAUCAAUGCCUUCAACGCCGACGCAACCAAGCGUGGAGCAGUAACCUCGGUCUUCACCGGCGGCGCCUUCUUUGGCGCCUAUUUCGCCGGUUCACUCGGUGACUAUGCGGGCCGGAAAUGGACUAUCUUUGUCGGAGCCCUAAUCUUCUUGCUGGGCGGAGGUUUACAAACAGGUGCGCAGAGCUUGAGUUAUCUGUAUGCUGGUCGGGCCGUUGCGGGGCUGGGAGUAGGAACCUUGGUGAUGAUUGUCCCGAUCUACCAGGCGGAGUUGGCACAUCCAAACAUCCGCGGCCGGAUCACAUCCCUCCAACAACUGAUGCUCGGGGUGGGCUCUCUGGUUGCGUCGUGGAUCUCCUGGGGCACCUUCAUCAACUUCGCGGACGAUGAUUCCCGCCAGUGGCGCGUCUCCCUGGGCAUCCAGAUGGUGCCGGCCGUUUUCCUGGCCGCGCUCAUCCUGCUCUUCCCCGAGUCGCCCCGCUGGCUGAUCGACCAUGGCCGACUGGACGAGGGCCUGGCGACGCUGGCGCGCCUCCACGCCCGGGGCGACACCUCCGACGCCUGGGUCCAGGCGGAGUACGAGCAGAUUACUGUCUCGAUCGCCCACGAGCACGAAGCCGAGGCUAAAUCCUACAAGGAGCUGUUCACGGACCCGUCCUGCUUCCGCCGCCUGUUUCUGGCGUGCUCCAUCCAGGCCGCAGCCCAGAUGACGGGGGUGAGCGCCAUCCAGUACUUCAGCACGACCAUCUUCGAGCAGAUCGGGAUCGCCGCCAACGACACCCUCAAGUACCAAGGCAUCAGCUCCAUCAUCGCCAUUAUUGCUCAGUUCUGCUGCAUGAUGCUGAUCGACAAGACGGGCCGGCGGUGGCCCCAGAUUAUUGGGAAUUUGUUCAAUUGCCUGUUCUUCGUCAUCCCCACGAUCCUCAUCGCCAAAUUCCCUCCCGGCGUCUCCAACAACACCUCCGCCAGCUGGGCGUUCAUCGUGAUGACCUGGUGCUACAACUUCUCCUACAGCGCGACCGUCGGCCCCCUGACGUGGAUCAUCUGCGCCGAGAUCUUCGACACCAAGACCCGGUCGAAGGGGGUCUCCAUCGCCACCAUGACCUCGUUCGCCUUCAACACCAUGAUCGGCCAGGUCACGGACAUCGCCAUCGACAACAUCGGCGGGUGGCGCUUCUACGUGGUCUUCUGUGUGUGCAACUUCACAAACGCCAUCUUCUUCUGGCUGGUGCUGCCGGAAACCGCCCUGCGGCCCCUCGAGGAGAUGACGGCGCUGUUCGAGCAUGAACCCUGGCUGGUGCCGGGGUCGCAGACCAAGGGGUUCGUCGCGCGGCGGCGGGCUGGGGUGAUCACGGACGAGUUAGAACCGGAUGAGAAAUCCGGGCGAUUGACGUUUGUGCAUGCGGAGGGGAAGUAAGGCACUACUGGAAGGAGGGGAACAUUCUGAGUAGGUGAUAAAUUACUAUCAUCACAGAGGGUGGAGACUAUGGCUUUCUAUCUGCCUAGCUACACUGAGGGCUUAUAGUAAAUACAGGCAAGAUUCAAAGCACCCACUGACGAAAGAGGCAAGAUCCAAGCCCUAACCCGUCCAUCAUCCUUAUCCGUCCUGCUAUUAUGCUACAAGGAAGAAGCCAGAGAAGUAGAAGUGCGACAUCCCAAUUCCUUUUUCCUUCUCAUGUUUGCCUUCGUCAAUCAAGUUCGCUUCUGCCGCACAUGCAAGUAUUAUCAAUCGGAUGCUUCGUCAUGCCAUUCUUCCUCGACACCCAUCACAAACCUCUGAUGGUCUCCAACACAGUGUCUUGCUGAAAUGGUACAUAUCUUCGUAUGGUGUCAGCUGCUUCAUGUCUCAGCAUUCCAUGGAAU